CCUUCCUCGGGCAGGGAAGGGGCUGGGGCAGAACCCCGCGUCCAUCUCCUGGUAACGUCCCCUGUGACCUCAGCGCCGGGGCCCCCCGCCAGCUCCCCGGCCCGGUGUGCCACUGGGGGUGCCCGAAGGCAGCAUGAGCGUCACCAUCACGCUGGCCGAGCUGGCGGACCUGGCCUUCGGCACGGCCGAUGGCAACAGCCCCCAGGUAGGCGCCCUCCGCAUCCUCCUGCGGGGCCUCCUGGAGAACCUCCCCCCGCAGGAGGCCCCGGCGCAGGUCAGGGAGGACGAGAGGGGUCUCCCAGAGCCUGUCACCGGCGUGGCCCGGCGGAAGUGCUGCUCCCUCCGUCAGCAAAGGUGGCCGUGGCUGGGGAGGGCAGAGGGUCAGCCAAGCCGCCCCAGCGGAACCCCGGGCACCCCAGAGCUGCCGGCCCCCGGCGGGCCAGCCGCCGAGGAGUGGCAAAUGGUGCAGCUGAGGAAGAGGAUGGAAGUGACUGAAGAGGUGAUGGCGAAGGUCAUGAACAUGCUGCAGGAGAUGCUCACCACCACCUGCUCCCUGAAAACCACUGUCAAGGGCUUCCAGGAGGAGCUGCAGCUCCUGAAGGACAGUUUCCAGAAGGCUGGUCUGGAGGAGCUGCGAGAGCGGCCAGUGAAGCAGGACGAGCACGGCCACCGCCUGCAGAGCAUCCUGGACCAAGUGACGCUCUCCAGCCAGGAGCUUGGCCCUGAGCCCUCGCAGGACCCAGCCCACAAGGCCCCAUGCAACCUGAGCUGGCUCAUGGAGCAGCGUGAAGUCGUGGGCACCCAUGUCAGCCGCUGUGAGAACCAGCUCCAGCAGCACGCUGACUCAGGGACCUCAGAGGACACAGCUGCCCCACUGGAGAAGGUGCCAAGCAAGACAAGGCAGGAUGAAGGAGCAAAGGGGCUGGAUUUUGGCAUGGAGGUGCUGGACCAGGUGGGGCAGCUGCAGGAGCAGUGCACAAGGCUGCAGGAAGCUGUGGAGCGGCUGUGGGGUGACACCAGGGACACCCAAAAAGCAGACAAGGCUGCACUGGAGACCAAAUCAAGCCAGGAUGAGCUGCAACAUGCCAUGGUCCAGCUGAGUGAGAUGAUGCAGGACCUGCUGCAGAGGAUGUCCCUGAUGGACCAGGACAGGCAGAAAGCCCUGGAGAAGCUCUUCAGCGAGAUAGACUCCAAGCUGGACUGUGCGGCACUGGCUCCCCUGCAGGCACAGCUGGAGCAGGUGUGGAGGCUCACCCAGCAGUGCCUCUGCCAGGGACCCUGCUGCGGUGACAACCGUGCCGCCGGAUUCAAGAGGCAGCUCUUUGAUCCCGUGAAAUGCAUCUCCUGCGACAGACCCCUGCCACAGGCCCGGGCACCGCACUUGGUGACAGUCCGAAGAGCCAACCAGAUCCUCUGUCCUCAUCCAGCCAGUGCCAGCAGCUGCUGCCUGGCACAGCAGCUCCCGGGGAGGGAGAGUGAAGGAAGCAGCAGCGCCGGCCGGGGGAGCCCCACGAGUCCUCCCGGGCCACUGUCCACCUCCAGUUCCCUCAUCGCCAUGUGUUCCUGCGGAGGCGCUGCAGACCUCGCCUGCAAGAACAGAGAAGUGGAUAUUUUGGGCAUCGAUGGGGUUGUCUACAAGGGCAGGCUGAGCUCGCCGCCUGGCAACAGGACCAUCACCAUGGGCAAGGACUUCACAGGCAGGGGAGCAGCCCCAGGGCACAGCUCCAGCCAGGCUGUGCAGCCACCUGAACCAGCACGUUCUGCUCAUCCCAAAGCAACGAAGACCCCCCAGCCGCGCUCCCGGCACACCACGGAGAUACGCCGUGCCGUCAAGUACAGCUACAACGUGUCCCCGUACUCAUGUGCUGCCAGGCGGACAAAGACGGGUGCUCCGGGGGCUGGUGGCAGGCUGACGCAGGUGGCAGCAGCACAGCAGGCGUCUGAGCCGGCCAGGGAGCUGUGA